CACCACUUGCUAUAGUAUGGAACUCAACCGGCAAGCGCGUAAACAAGUUUAGACUUAUUUACAUACACAUAAACUGAAACAAGUUUAUUAGUAGGAUUAAAUCCACUAUUCUGGAGACGAUCUUGGAUAUUAGACGUAUCAUAUAAUGAAGUCGUUCAUAGAAUAUUCGUCGGACACUGACUUCCCCAUUGAAAACUUGCCUUACGGUGUUUUUACUUCACCUAAAAAUGAACAAAAACACAUUGGAGUUGCGAUCGGCGAGUGGAUACUUGAUCUUAAUGUUAUAUCACAUUUAUUUAAUGGGAACCUGCUAAGAGACAAACAACAUGUUUUUAAGGAGGAAAAGCUAAACCCAUUUAUGGGUUUAACAAAAGCACACUGGACUGAAGCAAGAAGCACUAUACAGAAUCUCCUAGAUGUAUCCAAUCCUACAUUACAAAAUGAUAGUCAACUACGAGAGAGGGCCUUCGUCAAACAGAGUGAAGCUAAAAUGCAUGUACCAGCAGAGAUUGGCGACUACACAGACUUUUAUUCUUCCAUCCACCACGCCACAAAUGUUGGCAUUAUGUUCAGAAGCAAAGAGAACGCACUUAUGCCAAAUUGGAAAUAUAUUCCCGUUGGAUACCACGGUCGUUCCAGCUCCAUCGUAAUUUCCGGGACACCAAUCACCAGACCUUAUGGACAAACACUACCCGUGGAAGGCGCAGCCCCACACUUCGGUCCAUGCAGGCUCAUGGACUUCGAGUUAGAAAUGGCCGUGUUCGUUGGCGGACCACCCACGGAGUUGGGACAGAGAGUUGUCGCUAAAGACGCUGAAGAUCAUAUCUUUGGAUUUGCUCUUAUGAAUGAUUGGAGUGCACGCGACAUCCAGAAGUGGGAGUACGUGCCUCUAGGGCCCUUCACAGCAAAGAACCUUGGUACCAGCAUCUCCCCCUGGAUAGUAACUGUGGACGCUCUCAAGCCCUACGUAGUUGAGAACUACCCGCAAGACCCAGAACCCUUCCCGUACUUGAAACACGAUGAUAACUUCAACUUCGAUAUCAAGCUUGAAGUCGACUUGAUCACGGAGAAAUCGCCAGCAGUAUCCACGAUAUGCAGAUCCAACUACCGCUUCCUGUACUGGACAGCGAAGCAGCAGCUGGCGCAACAAACUGUGACCGGCUGCAACCUGCGUCCUGGUGAUUUGCUGGGCUCUGGCACUAUUAGUGGAGAUACUUCCGAUUCAUACGGCAGCAUGUUGGAGCUAAGUUGGAAAGGCACAAAGCCGUUACGUUUAAAAACAGGCGAAGAAAGAAAAUUCUUACAAGAUGGCGACACUGUGGUUCUUCGCGGUUAUUGUGUCAAUGAAAGUGGAAUUCGCAUUGGUUUCGGCAAAUGCGAGGGAAAAUUACUUCCCGCUUUACCUUUUAACCUUUAAAGCAUAAUAAAUCAAACCAUUGUGUACUGUUUUCGUUAUUAUGAAAAUAAAUAUAUAUGAUACAUUA